AUGUCUGCCCCCAACGCCGUCAUCGAGCUCAUCAAGACUCGCCGCACCUACUAUGCCCUGAACAAGGAGCUCCCCAUCCCCAAGGCCCGCAUCCAGGAGAUUGUCCAGGAGGCCGUCCAGCACGUCCCCACCUCGUUCAACUCGCAGUCCAACCGUGCCGUCAUCCUCUUUGACGAGAACCACGACAAGCUGUGGGACAUCACCACCGCCACCCUCAAGAAGAUCGUCCCUGCCGAGAACUGGGAGGGCACUGCCGGCCGUAUGGCUGGCUUCAAGGCCGGUGCCGCUACCGUUCUGUUCUUCGAGGACCAGGAUGUCAUCCAGGGCUUCCAGAAGGCCAUCCCCCUCUACGCCGACAACUUCCCCGUCUGGGCCACCCAGGGCGGUGCCAUGCUCCAGUACACCGUCUGGACCGCUCUCGAGGUCGAGGGCCUCGGUGCCAACCUCCAGCACUACAACCCUCUGAUUGACGAGGAGGUUGCCAAGACCUGGGAGCUCCCCGCCAGCUGGAAGCUCACCUCGCAGCUCGUCAUUGGUGGCCGUGCCGCCGAGGCUGGCGCCAAGGAGUUCAAGCCUGUCGAGGAGAAGGUCAAGGUCUUUGGUGCUUAA